AUGUCAGCACUGCACUCGCUUCUAAAGACCUCCACCACGUGGCUUCCUAGGAUACCGUCUAUCCAUGCCCUCUCCACGACCCGGUCUUCAUCAGUCUUAUCCCGCAGCUCCAACGCACCGUUAACGGCAUCCAGAUGGUCCCUAUCACCUUCAAUCCCCCGACAGCCCUUCUCAACCACCGGAGUAUCUGCCAUCUACGCCAACCGCACUCCUCGACCAAAGCAGCGUGUCAUCAAGGAACAAAAAUUGAAGGCUUCCCGCAGCAUCCCCGCAACCUCAGGAAAUGCUGCUCACAAGGCCCGAUUUAGCGGAAAGUCUCCAUCGGCUGAUCAAGUCGCUAAAUCCCAAGCACGUCAAUGGAAAACGGCAGACAGCGUCAGCAAAUCAACGGCGUUCACCAAACCUGCGCCUCGGAAGCGAGUCAUGUCAACCUCAAUCUCUGUCACCUCGCUCGAAAAGGGAUCCAGAAACCCUCAGUUCGAGCAUUCGUUCGCACCAGGAUUCGCAUCAUCCUAUCGUGCCAAAGCUGCCCGUGGUGCACCCCUCAAGACAGGAAAUACAGGACGUGACAAGGCCGCUGCCGCUGAGAGGACGCUGAUCGAGGCAGGAGCCAGGAGGAAAUCAGGACCCAAAAUUCGCGGAUUCGUUCCUGUGCGCUUCGCAUUGAAACCCAUCGCAUCGGAUGUCAACCUGAACCUAAUCUCGACACGAAAAAUUGCUGCAUCAAAGUACGCCAUGUAUGCUCAGUCCGAAUCAGGAUCGGCCGUUGAAGGAGAGGGGCCAGUAUUUGCGCAGACCCAGGGGACGGUAAAGGACAUGAUGCAGCAAGUUGCUAACAGUCGAUUCGAAAGCAUGGGUCUCCAUCCCGAUGUCGAGAAGGGAGUCUUGGAACUUUUGGCAAAGGCCGCAGGAGGGUCCCGACCAACCGCAUCGCCAGCAUUGGAACUGGAUCUAACCGGUAUCAAGCCCACAGAGAUCCAGGCAAUGUCGAUCCCUGCCUCGAUCGACCCCCAUAAAAAAUCACCCUACACCCUUUGUGCAGCCGAAACUGGAUCAGGAAAAACUCUGGCUUAUCUGCUUCCUGUCCUCCACGACCUCAAGACACAGGAGGACAACGCGGUGAAGGCAUUUCAGGAUGAGGGAGGCAUCGACCAGGAAGGCAGCAAAGUUCGCGCACUCAACACGAUUCGACAGUACAAUCAACCACGCGCCAUAAUUCUUCUUCCCUCGCGUGAGCUGGUGGCUCAGGUGUCGGGGAUCCUCAAAGACCUCUCACACACAGUCAAGUCGAGGACCCUUACUCUGUCGCAUGCCAUGUCGCCUAAGAGUGUUUUCCAGAGAUUGGCGUCGGGACCUGUGGACAUUGUUGUUGCUACGCCUACCAGUCUGUUGGACUACUUGCCAAGGGAUCAUGCUCGGUCAAGUGGGAGAGAGGCUAGUCAGCGAGAUGAGGAUGAAAGGAAGUUCAGAGGAAGCGCCAAUAUGCUGGAGGAAAAUCGACUCUCUUUGGCGUCGCUGAGGUAUCUUGUCAUUGACGAGGCGGACUCGAUGUUUGAUCGCGGAUUCGGGACCGAGGUGACCAAGAUUGUUCAGAAGGCCAAGGCUGUCGUCUCCAAAACAGAAGGUCCAGCCAAGAUCACUGUCGUGUCUGCCACCUUGCCCAAGAAGGUUUCUGACACCCUCGACGAGAUUUUGCCAGGGUUGCUCAAGAUCACGACGCCGUCAUUGCACAAGUCGCUCCCUGGCUUGCACCAAACCUUCUUGGACUUGAAGCCAUACUUUGGGAACCGACCCAAGGCCAUUUUGGAUAUUUUGGCCAAGCAGCAACAGAUUCAAGCGGCGGUACCGGGCGGCAGGCGGCGGAAAGAGAACACGCUGAUUUUUUGCAACACCAAGCAUUCGUGCGAGAUCUUGCACGAACACUUGAAGACGAACAAGGUUCAUGGUGUCCUGGGCGUGCUUCAUGGCGAUGCUACCAACCGAGACGAGAUUCUGCGCCAGUUCACCGAUGACGAUUACAUACCCCCAACCCCCGCCGGUCAAAAGUCUACUGCCACAGUCGGUGGCAAGAUUCUGAUUUCGACGGACAUUGCAUCGCGAGGUGUUGACACGACAGCUGUUCAACAUGUGGUGCUGUAUGAUUUUCCAGUGACGAUUGUUGACUACCUUCAUCGCGUUGGCCGUACAGCCCGAGGAGGCCGUGGUGGGCGGGCAACUAGUCUUGUGGGCAGGAAGGACCGGAACAUGGCUGAGCGCAUCAUGAUCGGUAUCCGUCUCGGCAAGGUUCUUUCUUAA